AUAAUACAUAUCACAUAUGCACGUAUAUAAUAAAUAUUUGCAUAUGUAUCACAAAUUUAAAAAAUUCCUGCGCCAUCUAUUGGUAAUUUUAUUACUUUAGUGUUAUCAUUUACUACAUUGUAGUCACUGAUAUCAUUUGCUAUAUUCAAGCAGCAUUGUCUGAUGCUUUCCUUGUUGUUUUACUGUCAAUUGAACCCUUUUGUUGCAAACAGUUCAUCCAUAAUUAUGAAUUCAGGAAACCAAUUGCCGGAUCUUGAUAAAAUAUUACGAGAUGAUGACGAAAUUGACUUUCUACCAUCAGCAGGUUAAAAUAAUUUCAAGGCAAACACUGAUUUAAAUUUAUAAAUACUGUUUAGAUCCAAUUUAGCUGCUAUUUUUGGAAUGCAAAUUAAAACAUUAGAUGGUUCCUCAUCAAAACAGCAAGUUUCUAAGAAACCAAAUAUAUCUCGUUCUACAACUCAAACUGUUCAAAAUAAACCAGAAGUCAUUAUAGCUAAAGCUAUACAUGCAUUUAAGUUACAAAAUGGGAUUUAUGUAUCAAUUGGCAAAAUGGGUAUGGCCCUUACAGGAAAUGCAGCAACAAAAGUUUAUCAAGUUAUUUUAUACAAAAGCAAACAAGAACACAUAUCAACAGUUACAGUGACACAGGAUUUCUUAUAUGUAAUACAACCAAACAACUACUCAAGUUAUUAUGAUAGUAAUAAGGAAAAUUGGUCAAUUUUAUUUGAAAGCAGUGAUGUUUGCAUUGAAUUUGCAAGAGAAAUAGCAUUAGCUCGGUAUUUUUCGAAAAAUGGAAAAAUAGAAAAUGUUCUCUAUCAAGACCUAUCACCAAUUAGUAAAGAUGUAAUUGCUAAAGAAGGAGACAAUGUAUCUAUAAAAUAUUUUAUCAGCACAGAAAUAAUACAACCCUUUAAAAGUAAUAUUAUUACAUCUCAAACAAUGAUGGUAGAAAUAUCUACAGAUGACAAUUGGGAGAAAACAUUGUUAGGAAGUAGUAAAGGACUAAAAAGAAUUCUAUUUUUGCCUCCUAGUAAACAGAUCAGUUUAGGACCUGGCUUUCCUAAAGAUAAGGAUAUUAUAUUAGAAAUAGAAAUAAUAGACAUACAAAAACAACAGGAAUCUACUAAUUCACAUAAGGUUACAAGUGGUAAAGCCUCUAUAAUAUCACGUAUGGCAAAAAUGGGACAGUCAAUGUUUGUACCAAAACUUCCUACAUCUACUACUACCGAUUCUGAAGAUACCGAGGAUGAUGUGCCACGCAAAACACUUCACCAAAGGAAGACAGAAUUAUCAGAAGGAGAACACCAGAAGAAACGUUUCACACAAGAACCUAAAGAAGAAAUAUCAAAAAAUGUACACAAGGUGUUGAAACCUAAAAGUGAUAUAUCUGCAACAAAUGCUGCUUGUAAGCCAUUUGUUACAUCCACACUAACACCUCAGUGGUCUCCUACAAAAAUGCAGCCGAAUUUCGUCACUGUGGAUGGUCAGCUGUAUUCGUUACAACCGCAAAUUGUAACUCCGACCGUAUCAACAAUGAUUGAUCCAGGUUUAAACAUGUUGUUAUCAGAGACUAGAAUGACAAAUGCAGAGCUCAGGAUGGGAAUGUCUAAAAUAGGUGAUAAUGUGCAGAAAUUACUUGAUAAGUUUCAUGUCCUCGAACUUCAAAAUGCUACAUCUCCUGUAAAAGACAGAGCAGACUUGGCUCCUUUGAAAAUGUUACUAACUACAACUGCAUCUCAAACUGAAGAAAACAACGAACAAUUACGAACAAAUACCAAUAAUAUAACUACUGAUAAUUUUGCACAAUUGAAUGAGAUUAAAGAUAGAGUGAGUGCAUUAGAAGUAGAAUUAAAGGAAUCAAAAGAAUAUAUUAGCAAUCUUGAAGAUCAAAAUGAAUCUUUAACUCUAACUAAUAAAACCUUAUCUAAAAGUAUUAAAGAAUUGGAAACAUCACUGAGUGAUACAAAUAUUGCACUUUUAAAUGCAAAAAAGGAAUUAGAAGAAACUAAGGAAGUUAAUAGCAGACAUGAAGAACAAACAUUUGCAUUAGAGAAUAAAGUGCUCAAACUUUCUGAAGCUAUAGGUUCUGCGGAAACAAAAGAAAGUGAUAAACAUAAGGAAAUUAAACAUAUAAUGAAUAGGAUUUACCAUACUUUAUUGGAUAAAUUUGUUGAUGAAUCAUAUUCUACAAAUUAUAUAAAAACAGUAAUAGCAAGUACAAUAAAGAAUACGACACUACAAGUUUUGUCUACUGAUUAUGAAAAGAAUAAUAGAGAAUCAGAAUCAGUUUCUGCUAAAACGACAGAAAGUGAUGAUCUAAAAAUUAACAAUGCAGAGGUAGACACUCCUCAUUCAAGUAAUUCUUCAAACAAGCCAUUAGAACAAACUGAGGUUACAGACUCUUCUAAAACUCAUAUAUCAGUCCUUCAAAAUGAACCACCGCCUAUUCCCCCUGUUGAUAUUAGAGAUUACAAUGAUUGGUUACAGUGAUAGCAGUAUAUUACAAUUUAUAUUUACAUUCUAUAAUCUAAGAAAAGUAAUUUUAUGAUCCAAACCUACGAAAAUAUUUAA